GAACUCCGAAGACAUUUCUUGCAAAUUUACUUAGAAUGGCGGGAUUUGCGCGAGUGAAAUUAAACGAAAGCGUUUGGGAGUUCCCAGACGUGUACGAGAUUGUUAGACCCCUCGGAUUCGGUUCCUUUGGCCAGGUGGCCAGGGUGAGGCUACGUGGCGCCCAAAUUGGGGAUGUGGCGAUGAAAAAACUGGUGCAGCCUUUCGAUAGAGAGGAGGAUGCCAAGGGGGCCUACCGUGAGAUCCGCCUGCUGAAGCACAUGAACCACCGCAAUGUUAUCAGCCUGCUGCACGUCUUCCAUCCGCCCGCAAGGGGGGGCGAUUUUCAGAACGUUUACUUUGUGACUCAACUCAUGGACGAGGACCUGCACAGGUUUACACGCUCGAACAGGAUCACCGACUACCAGAUUAGGUCUAUCCUCUACCAAAUACUGCGAGGUCUGAAGUACAUACACAGCGCCGGUGUCCUGCAUCGCGAUUUGAAGCCCAGCAAUAUCGCGGUAAAUCAAAAUAUCGAAGUGCGGAUUCUAGACUUCGGCUUGGCUCGUUUGUCCAGCAUGAUUAUGUCCGAUUUUGUGGGAACUUUGUGGUAUCGGGCCCCCGAGCUGCUCUUCCUCCGGGGUUCAUAUACAAAUGCUAUCGAUAUUUGGUCUGUUGGCUGUAUCCUUGCGGAAAUGAUCACUGGUCAUGCCCUAUUCCCUGGUAACGGCUAUUUAAAUCAACUGGAGUGUCUGCUGAAUAUAAUGGGGACGCCGUCGCAGGAGUUCACCGGCGGUAUACAUGUAGAACAUUCUCAUAAAUACUUGGAAAGGUAUCCCUAUCGCGAAAAACAGGACUUCUAUCAACUGUUUCCAAAUGCCAAUCCGCAAGCCUUGGAUUUGAUGGAGAAAAUGCUCGAAAUGGUUCCCGAAAGACGUAUAACCGCCGACGACGCAAUGCUCCAUCCGUUCCUAAGGGACCUCAUUGAACCGCACCAUGGUGUCGAGGAUAUUGCACCGGCCUAUGAUCAAAACUUUGAAAACAUAGUACUCCCUGUAAAGUGCUGGAGGGAACUCCUAUCCCAUGAAAUUGACAAUUUUCAACCGCCCCCAUUUUAUGUCGACGCUUUGAGAAUAGCUUAUGACCAGCAGCAGCAUUAAACUUUAUUUAAAUUGCAUACUAGUUUAUAAAAAAUGAUAAAGUUACAAGUAAAAGUUAUUAUAUAUACAUUA